UCUCGCGUGCGUGGAGCCAUGCCACACCGUCUCCGCGCGCUGCCCGGGAAGGACUAGCACACGCACACACUCACGCGCGCGCGCGCGUACCCCAAUGCACAUACAUGUACAUUUACACACACACACAUAUACAUACCAUACAUACAUACAUACAUGAGCGAUUGUACUCUUAAACGGAGCGUCAUAGCGGGGUGCCGGUUCCUCAUGAUGAUGAUGAGGAUGAUGAGGAUGAUGAUGAUGAUGGUAGUGAUGAUGGUCAUGAUGAUGUAGACGGAAAAGGCGCCUUCGCUCGACAAAGUGCACUAGAAAAGAGGUGAGGUAGGAUGCUGGGAUACGAUGUGCUACGAAAACUACAUAUCGACACAGCUCGUUAAAAAAACAACAAAAAAAAUAUCGACACGGUUUGGACCGGAAAUCUCGUAAUCGUGCUUUGCGCUCGCGCCGGUAGUGUUGUAUCUCGACGUGUGUCCGUCAUGCUCGAGGAAGGAUUUAUCCGCAUCUCGCCGAUUCCGAGUCAAAAAAGCACCUGAUCAAUAAUUCAGAUCGAUGUACCGGAGCGCCGAUGCCCAGGCGCAGGUUCGGCUCACCGAGGUGCGCGUGCGUAUCGGUACAUUUCGACGAUGUCGCUUUGACUUUUCAGUGACGUCUCAUUGUCUGCAAAACAAGUGCCAUGUUGACGCGGUUAUUCAGCGACGCGCAGAAGUUCCCAGGUUGGGCGGACGACAGCGGAAGCGACGACUCAAAGACGAAGGAUGACGAGCACGAGCGGGGGUCGCGCGGCGACGACGACGCGGACGACGUGCUGGGCGACGCCAAGAGCACGAGUCGCGCACAGUCGGAGAUCGCGGCGGACGAGGAGGAAGAUGACGACGACGACGACGAGGACGACGACGACGGCGCGGACGACGACGAGGGCGGCGACAGGCCGAGGAAGCGCGGCCCCAAGAAGCGCCAGAUGACCCCGGCGCGCCUCGAGCGCUCCAAGCUGCGGCGGCAGAAGGCGAACGCGCGCGAGCGCACGCGCAUGCACGACCUGAACUCGGCGCUGGACAACUUGCGCAAAGUGGUGCCUUGCUACUCUAAGACGCAGAAACUGUCCAAGAUCGAAACUCUGCGCCUCGCCAAGAACUACAUCUGGGCGCUUUCUGAGAUUUUGCGUAAUGGAAAACGACCGGACGUCGUUUCAUACGUGCAGACGUUGUGCAAAGGACUUUCGCAGCCGACAACGAAUCUGGUGGCGGGCUGCCUGCAGCUCAACGCGCGAAACUUCCUCACUGACCUCUCUCACCAGGAGAGCGGGGCGGCGCGCUUUCACGCGCCCGACGCGUCCUUCGCCGCCGCCGCCGCCGCCGCGCACGCCUACCCGUACCAGUGCGCGCGUCUCGCGGGCCCUCAGUGCCAGUCCGGCGUGCACGGAUACUGCUACGAGCCCGAGUACGCGGGCUCCGCCGACUACGACGCACGACGCAGCCCGACGCCCACGUGCGUCAACGGCGGGUUCGCGCUGCGAUCGCACGAGGCCGUGUCACCGGAAAUCGCGGACCGGGGAUACCAUCACUACUCCAUGCACUACGCGGCUGCGCGCAGUCUCGCCUACGGCCCUGCGGGAGCGCGCGGAGGCGGAGGUGGUGGCGGUGGUGGUGGUGGUGGUGGUGGCGGCGGCGGUGGCGCAGGUGGUGGCGCUCAUUCCGAGAACGUGCCGCCGUACCAUGACGUGCACGCGCACCACCACCACGAACGCGCGCCCGCCUACGAGGAACUAAACUCCUUUUUUUCAUAAUUGGAAACAAACAAACAAAAAAAUAAUUGUGUCGAUCGUCGUCAGAUAUUCCCGCGGGACUAAACACACACACACACACACACACACACACACACACACACACACACACACACACACACGUUUAAUUAAUGCAAUCGAAAUAAAAAGGAUUUGCUGUUUUCCCCGGACUUUAAAUGGAACUACAGCGGACUCGAACAGGAAAAUGAUGAAUAAACGGAUUAAAGUCUGCGGUUUUCCACAUUCUCCUAAAUUGUAAUAACGGAAUGCGUUACCCAUGUAAAAAAAUCAUUUUAAAUAUAAUAACAUUAAUAAUAAUAAAAAGAAAAACAUCUCUGAUAUAAAAGUCGGGGAUGUUUCAUCUAAAUAAACCA